AUGGAUGCAUUUUUUACUCCUAACCCAGAAACUGUGGUUCAAAAUAGAAAGGACAAAGGAAAACAAACUUCAUUGAAUGGGGCAUACAAGAAGGAAAUGAGAGAGCACACCAUCCAAAGAAUUGCUCGAUGGUUUUAUGAUGCAGGAGUGCCUCUGAAUGCCUGCACAUAUGAUAGUUUUGCCCCUAUGAUUGAGUCAAUUGGGCAAUUCGGUCCUAGAUUGAAACCACCAUCUUAUCAUGAGUUAAGAGUUCCAUGUUUGAAAAAGGAAUUAGAAGCAACAAAUGAGUUGAUGAGUAACCAUAUGGCAGAGUGGGCCAAGGUUGGAUGCACUGUUAUGGCUGAUGGAUGGACCGAUAGAAGAAAUAGGACAUUAAUUAACUUUUUAGUUAACAGUCCUAAAGGCACCAUGUUUAUUGAGUCCAUCGAUGCUUCAUCUUAUGUGAAAGAUGGAAAGAAGAUGUUCGAGUUAUUUGAUAAUUUUGUAGACCGAAUUGGAGAAGCGAAUGUUGGACAAGUAGUUACCGAUAGUGCCUCAGCAAAUGUGAUGGCAGGGAGAUUGUUAGAAGCAAAGCGACCACAGUUAAUAUGGUCUCCGUGUACCGCUCAUUGCUUAGAUUUGAUGUUGGAGGAUGUAUACAAGAUCUCGAAUAUUCGAAAAGCAUUGAAAAGAGGCAUGGAGAUUAGCAAUUUCAUAUAUGUUCAUCCUGGAUUGUUAAACAUGAUGCGAUGUUUUACUAACCAAAAGGAGUUAGUUAGACUAGCUAAGACUCGUUUUGCUACUGCCUGCAUUACAUUAUCGAGUAUACAUCGUCAAAAGAAUAAUCUGAGGAAGAUGUUUACUUCAGAUGAAUGGAAGAAUAGCAAAUGGAGUAAGGAGCAACAAGCGAAACGAGUAGUUCAGACUAUUUUGUUGGCUAGUUUUUGGACUACAAUUGUUUUCACUCUUAAAGUAUCUGGCCCACUAGUCCGAGUUCUUAGAUUGGUUGAUGGCGAGAAGAAGCCACCUAGGAUAUAUUUAUGA